AAAAUUAAAUGAGAAUAUGAAAAUAAAUUGUAUUUUCCGUUCUCAUUUCAAUUGAAUGUUAUCAUCUUAUAAAUAGUUUAUAGUCAUAACAGAUACGACGUGGAGAUGGAAAGGUUUGAUAUUUGUGAGACCUCGUUCGGAAGGAAGCGGAAGGGGUACGGACAGCGCUGAAGAAUGGGUGCGACAAGACUUCGCCGUGUGGUGCUGCUUUUCGGUUUGUAAGAAACGGGCAGUCGAUAACAAAAAAAUUCGUCCAAUAGAAGUGAAUACGUUAAUUAGGGGAUGCAACUUUAAAUCAAUUCCCAUUUUCUCAUUUGGACAAUAAAAAUUAGGGUGAGGACCUAAUGGAAGUCUUUAGUGGACUACAGAGGAACACAAAAUAGUCAAGAACAAGGCCUAACUGCUGUGCUGGAUAAAUGGAAGGAGACCACUGGGUGCCACAUCAAUGUCGGCAACUGUUAUUGCGACAAAGGGGCAGAGGUGAUGUCCCCACCAAAAGAUCAGAGGAGUCUCAUAUCUCCCCAGAGAAAUGUAGCAUGAAGAGAAGAACAAUAAUUGUUGGGCAGGGGCCCUACCAGCAAGAACACAGAGAAAUUGUCAAAGGUUACAAAGGGAACAUCAUCCACACUACCAAGUACACUUUGUUGACCUUCAUCCCCAUUAAUCUGUUUCAGCAGUUUCACAGGGUAGCCAACCUCUACUUUCUUUUCUUGAUUUUGCUGAACUGGGUGCCAGUGGUUGGAGCAUUUCAGAAGGAAAUUACAGUGAUUCCUUUACUCGUGGUGCUCACUGUCAUCGCCAUCAAAGACGCCGUGGAAGACUACCGACGCUAUCUCUUUGACCACAAAAUCAACAACAGUCUAGUACAAGUGUAUUGUGGCAAGAAGAAAGCCUACAUUGAUAGACGCUGGAAAGAUGUUCAAGUUGGAGACUUUGUUCGCCUAUCCUGCAAUGAUAUCAUCCCUGCGGACAUUUUGCUCCUGUAUUCCUCUGAUCCUCAUGGCAUAUGUUACAUUGAGACUUCCAACCUGGAUGGGGAGACCAACCUGAAACAGAGACAAAUGGUUUCAGGUCUUCCACUGCAGGGAGUGGAAUUUAACCCUGAGAUCUUCCACAGUCAUAUUGAGUGUGAGAAUCCCAACAAUGACCUUGGCACGUUUCGAGGUUUUUUGGUGCACUCUAGUGGGGCUCGUGCUGGACUUGACAAUAACAACCUCCUGCUGAGAAGUUGCACCAUUCGUAAUACGGAGACUGUGGUUGGCAUCGUGGUCUAUGCUGGACAUGAGACCAAAGCCAUGAUGAACAACAGCGGGCCGAGAUAUAAACGCAGCCAUCUGGAAAAGCACCUAAACAUUGAUAUCCUGUGGUGUGUUCUCUUGCUGAUCAUCAUGUGUCUCACUACUGCUAUUGGCCAUGGACUCUGGCUGAAGCAGUUCAAAAAUGCAGUCUUUUUGGUUGAUGGCGAGAUGGCUCCUGCCCUGGCUGGCUUUUACAUCUUUUUGACCAUGAUAAUUGUGCUGCAAGUGCUGAUUCCCAUCUCUCUUUAUGUGUCCAUUGAGAUUGUGAAGCUGGGUCAGAUCUACUUCAUCCAAAAUGAUCUUGCCCUCUACAAUGAGCAUGUGGACUGCAGGAUCCAGUGCCGUGCGCUCAACAUCACUGAGAACCUGGGUCAGAUCCAAUACUUGUUCUCUGAUAAGACAGGAACUCUAACAGAGAACAACAUGGUGUUUCGCCGUUGCAGUAUUUAUGGGAUUGAAUAUCCUCAUGAUGAAAAUGGUUGUAGACUGGAGAUGUAUGAGGCAGAGAAGAAUGAAGCUACCGAUUGCUCUGUAACUCUAAAAUCUACCUGCAGAGGUAAAUCUCUGAGCUGUCGUUCCCUCAGUUGCAACCGCAGCUCAGUAUCCCUUCACACACUGACUGCUGAGUCUGAGAAAGACGAGCAACUAUCAAAUCACUUCCUUCCAAGGACAACUGCCUUUUACACCCAAAUGGCAAAGGAGGUGGUACCAGACCCUGAGCUAGUAAAGAAGUUAAGCUGGCUUUGCUCUGCGACGCAGCCUUCUGGCAAUGUAAUUUCUGAGACGACCUCCAGUUUGGAACUCACCUACAUCACAGACUUUUUCCUGGCAUUGGCCAUUUGUAACAGUGUGGUGGUCUCGUCACCCACGCAGCCUAAACAUGUGGCUGCUGAGGUACAAACAUCUCUUAAGUCUCUUGAUGAAAUAAAACUGAUAUUCCAGCGCUUCAGCUUCCCACUGUUCUCAGGCUUCUCAACCCAUGCACCUACUCAAAGCAGAGGCAGCCCUCACAGCUCCAGACUGUUUACACGUGCAAAGACAGGCGCCUUCACCCUCUCCACUCUUUCCAGUUGCACCAUAGAGGGGUCAUUUGUAACCCAAGAGGGUAAUGUUAACUUAUCCAGAAAGGAGGAGGAGAUCAUUGGUGACGAGACGAGGGACAUUUUCGGUAGUACAAAUACAGACUCCAAUGGGGCAAGUGACAAUGCACAAGAAAUGAGAAAUGAAGAUGUUAUUGACAAUGACACAGAGGAUGAACUACUAUAUGAGGCGGUGAGUCCAGACGAGGCUGCUCUGGUCCAUGCAGCUAGAGCGUAUCGCUGCACCUUGCGCGCACGAUCUGCAGAUAGCCUCCUUGUAGACCUGCCUGGAAUUGAUAUGCUGACUGUCCAGCUGCUCCACAUCCUGCCCUUUGACUCCAACAGGAAGAGGAUGUCCGUGGUGGUCCGCCACCCUCUCACAGGACAAGUGACGGUUUACACCAAGGGUGCAGAUUCCGUAAUCAUGGAUCUUUUGGAGACACCUAAAGGUGAAGAACAAGCUCGGGAGACCUACAAUCACAUCAAAGUGCAAACCCAGAAGCAUUUAGACAGCUAUGCUAGAGAAGGCCUCCGUACUCUUUGCAUUGCUAAAAAGGUACUGGAAGAAGAGGAGUAUGAGGUGUGGCUGAAGAGACAGUUGCUGGCAGAGAGCAGCAUAGAGAACCGAGAAGAGCUGCUGCUCGAUUCCGCUGAGAGACUGGAGACCAACCUCACCCUUUUGGGUACCACAGGAAUUGUCGACAGACUCCAGGAAGAUGUGCCAGAGACAAUUGAAUCUCUUCAGAGGGCAGGUAUCAAGGUUUGGGUCCUCACAGGAGACAAACAAGAAACUGCUGUCAACAUCGCCUAUGCUUGUAAACUCAUCGGUCCCAAUGACCAAAUUCUCACUGUCAACUGUGAAAGCAAGGAUGACUGUGCUGCAUUGCUUGAGGACCUCAAAUUAAAAGUGCAGCGCAGUGAAGAGCGAAUGAAUAAAAAGACUACUACAGAGGAUAGUGGAGAAUUGUCUUCAGGCAGCAAGGUCGGCUUCAUUUUCAUCAUAGAUGGUCGGACACUUGACUGGACACUUAAGGACCACUCGAGCUGUUUUCUGGAGCUGAGCCAUUCUUGCAAAGCUGUCAUCUGCUGUCGCUCCACUCCACUGCAAAAGAGCCAAGUGGUGCAGCUUAUCCGGGAUGAGCUCAAAGUCAUGACCCUGGCAGUGGGUGAUGGGGCCAAUGACGUGAGCAUGAUCCAGGUAGCUGAUGUUGGCAUUGGGAUAUCUGGUCAGGAAGGCAUGCAGGCUAUGAUGUCCAGUGACUUUGCCAUUUCCAGGUUUAAGUACCUCAGUAAGCUGUUGCUGGUCCAUGGGCACUGGUGUUUCUCUCGUCUUGGAAACAUGAUGUCAUAUUUCAUCUACAAGAAUGUGAUGUUUGUAAGCCUAUUGUUUUGGUAUCAGUUCUUCUGUGGUUUCUCUGGGAGCGUCAUGACCAACUCCUGGGUUUUGAUCUUCUUCAACCUGUUCUUUACCUCCAUUCCUCCUCUCAUCUACGGCAUCCUGGACAAAGACAUACCUGCUGAGCAACUGAUGCAAAUGCCUGAGCUUUACCAGGCUGCGCAUGCCUCUCAGGCCUAUGCUGCAUAUGUCUUCUGGUUCACAGCCCUGGAUGCCUUUUACCAAAGCCUUGUUUGCUUUUUUGUGCCUUAUUUUGCUUACGUUGGAUCAGACAUUGGAGAGCUGUCCUUUGGUUCACCGAUCAACGCUUCAGCUCUCCUUAUCAUCCUGCUGCACCAAGUCAUCGAGAGUCAUACUCUGACGUGGAUUCAUGUUUUCGUGUUGGUGCUCAGUGCGGGGUCGUACUUUGGCUUUGUGCUGCUCUUCAGCAUUUGCUGUUUGACCUGCAGUCCCCCUACCAACCCUGUGGGUGUUGAGAUGUUGCAAAUGUCCCAGCCUCUAUUUUACAUUGUGUGUACUCUCACUACUGUUACAGCACUGAUGCCCAGGCUCCUGUUCCGGGGACUUCAUAACACCAUGCACUUAUCUGCUCUGAUGCUAACAUCUUACAGGGAAAAAUUAGAAUCAGAGAAGUACCACAGAAGAAUGCAGCACAAGAACUUAAACCUCUCUGUGGCUAACAGGCAGCCAGAGUGUGUUGACAACUCCGCUUGAUAAUAUUUUGAGCAUAAAAACUUCAAAAUAAAGGUUGUUUCCUGUA